UUGACGAGACAGCAAGAGAGAGAAAGCGAGAGAGGGAGUUCUGCUAAUAAAAGAGGACAGCACAAAAGGUGCAACUUCCCAGAUGGAAAAUCAUUUUAAGAUGUCAUAAAGUUCAGAAUUGAAGAAGAAGACAAUUGAACUGAGGAAAGCGGGUAUCCACAGUCUGCAAGUGAAGAACAAUACAGAGGAAGUGAGGAAAAGAAAGCCUGGCUGGUCCAGGGAGCAAUCCAAAGGAGAUCUGAAAAGGAAAACUUCAUAAAGACCAAAAGAAGAGGGGGAAGGAGUCAGGAGGAACGUGACAAAAACGAGAGCUGAAAGUGUGUUUAGCUGGAUUUCUGUGUUCACAGCCACUCUCUGUCAGGUCUGGUUGACUAGAUUUCUUGGUAACAUCUGCACUGGAAACAGGAAGUCAAUAGGAUGCCAGUGUCUCAGAGGUGUUUGUGCUGCAUCAAAUAUUUGAUGUUUGUCUUUAACCUCAUCUUCUGGCUAGGAGGAUGUGGCUUGUUUGGCGUUGGAGUCUGGCUGUCCUUCACGCAGGCAGAGUUUUCCUCUCUCCCCCUGUCUUUUCCAUCCCUCUCAGCUGCCAAUCUGCUGCUAGUCGCUGGUGGCAUUACCAUGGUGACUGGCUUCCUCGGUUGUCUUGGAGCCCUUAAGGAGCAGCGCUGCCUGUUGUUCAUGUUUUUUGUGAUCCUCUUGCUCCUGGUCCUGACAGAGGUGACGUUGGUGUUGGUUAUACACAUCCUCCAUGACAAGCUGGAUUCCAAAGCACAAGGUCAAUUAAGGGAAGGUAUGAAGAGUUAUAACUCUGAACCUGGACUGAAAAAAUCCUGGGACAAUGUCCAGAAAAUGUUCAAAUGCUGUGGAGUAACUAACAAAACAGAUUGGUAUGAUGUGCUGAAUGGAACUCUGCCCUCAUCCUGCUGCUCCAUCGGGACAGACCAAUGCGCUGACGGAUGGAGUGAGCCAUGUUAUCAGAAGGCCAGGCAGUGGCUGCUAGACAACAUCCCCUCAGUCUUGGUGUUUGGAGUCUGUAUUGGUGUUGUGCAGAUCUUGGCUUUGGUGUUCUCCAUGAUGAUGUACUGUCAGAUUCUUUGUGCUGAGAAGGACUUGGGCUGAGUGCAGACCAGUUUUCACUGCCUUGUGAUAUCACAAACUCCUCGAGGAUCUCAAUAUUCCUCACCCCCAACCUGAUCUGAAUUUCCCAAACCUUCAAUUCAGACUGUCAUACUCUAGUGCUUAUCUUGGGUUCAGGCUUGGCUAUACAUUCCUCUUACGAUUCCCCCCAAAAACCACCACUGUCUAUCUAAAUCCAUCAGUGGGCAGAAUGAACAAACAAAGCUAGUGGUGAUAAACUAGCCAAGUGAAGCUGACAAAGAUGAUGAGCACAGUUGGUUGUCUCAGUUCCAGCUAUAGAAAUAUCAUGAACCUCAUCACAGUUUAAUGUUGCAUUAUGUCUGAUCAAUAACGUUUUGAUUUAUCACUAAAAUCCACUGGCCUCCAGCCAAAACAUGUUGCAAUUACCUAAAUAUGUCGAGAGUCACCUGAGCAGAGAUACUGUCAUCUUAAGAUUAAAAAAAAAAAAGAGGCAUAUAUGCAUCUCCUUAUUUUACAGUAUUUUGUUUCUAGAGUAGCUAAUUUGAGCUACUGAUAGAAAAUAGUAAUGUCAAAUUUGUUAUAAAUUAUAUGAAACAACAAAAGAGACAUUCUAUCAUUUAGUAGGACUGCAAGAAAUAUUGUAAUUCUACUCACUAUUCAUAAUUUCAGUAUUUGGCUUUAAUUGUCCAUCCAUGGUAUUAGAAAGAGGAGACAGGACCGUGAAUUUUAUAACCUGUUGGUUUCCUUUUGUGUGUUACCUAAGUCAAGCAUUAUUGUCAGACAGGUAGGCCCGCUGUACUAAUGAAUGGAGAACACAAACAGACAUAAAAGAAAAUAUUUUUAUGUAGCACUUAGUUCACUUUGUUCAACAUUUCACGUGUAUUAUUCCUGUAAUAUAUGCACACACGUUCUGGUUCAUUGACUUUACAUUCCAUGUCAUUAUUACUGAAUUAUUAAAAAAAAA